GCAGUAGGUACUAAGCCACGGCUGUGAGUGGAAGUACUGUGUUUAACCAACUCUUGGCUCCUUUACCAGACAGAAUUUCCAAGGAAGCCUCUGGUUAUGGACAAAUGAAUUGCGAAUAUUUCUAAUCUGCUGAUUUAAUCUACCAGUCGUAUUACCAUUCACUCAACACUAGGAGCCAAGUGUACGCUGCGUCAGUCACCAUAUGUCUACGGAAAUGGCAGAUAGGUCAGAAACAUGUCAGUUCUUUGUCCAGAGGAAAAAACGUUUCUGCAAAAUGUUAGUAAAAAGUGGCAACAAGUAUUGUGGUCAGCACCAGGCUGAAAGACCUGAAGAGGACAAGACUAAAUCCAAGAGAAUACCUUGCCCACUAGAUCCAAAACACUCCUGCUUUGAACAUCGCCUGGAAAAACACCUGGAAGUCUGCAAUGCAAAGGAAGUAUUAGAAUUUGACUAUAUCAAGAAGAAUGUGAAUCUUGGUCUCUCCAUGGAAGAACCUGCAAAAGUCUCCUUGUCAUGUUUAUCUGACAAAGAACUGUUCUCAUUCAUGAAGAGAGUAGAAGUUGCUCAUAAAGAACAUGUCGGUGAAAUUGAGAAAGCUAAAUUGACUCAUGAAGCAUUGGUAAAAGAAAUGUCUACCCCUGGGUACGGUCUAAGCGCAAUACGCCAUGUAUCACAAAACUCUUCUAUAUUGGGUCACCUAAGUAAAGAAGGUUUUCUUGAUACCUCGUCAAGUCCUACAUGCUUUAUAGAAUUUGGUGCUGGAAGGGGUAAGCUUACACGCUGGUUAACAGAAUCCAUAACAGACAUCAGUAAAGCCUUAUUUGUGUUGAUAGAUAAGGGAGCGCAACGAUAUAAAACUGAUGCUAAACUCAAGCACAACAAAGAGCUUUUCAUUCAGCGGCUCAGAGUUGACAUUCAACACUUGAAUCUUCAAGGGAUUGACUCUAUUAACAACUACAAACGGAUUGUUGGCCUCGGAAAACACUUAUGUGGGGGUGCAACAGACUUGACUCUGCAAUGCCUGUCAACACAAAGUAAUCAGAGAGUAGCAGGUAUUAUACUGGCCCUCUGUUGUCAUCACAGGUGUACCUAUAAUGCCUAUGUUGGCCAUGUAUUUUUACAGGAAGCUGGAUUUUUACCAGAGGAAUUCUACAUAUUAACAGCUCUUACAAGUUGGGCAACUUGCAGUUCAAAAGAUUCUAUGCCACUGCAGAAGGUAGAUCAAGUUCCUGAUACUGAUCAGGGUCCUGAGCCAGAUAACAGUUCUGAAGAAAAACAGAUGAAUGAAAACCGAUAUACACGUCUCGGUUUAAAAGCACAUUAUCGGGAAGAGGUUGGUAGAAAAGCUAAACAAUUGCUAGAUCAUGGUCGUGUGAAGCAUUUAAAUACUCAGGGUUUCCAGAGUCGCUUAAUUCAGUAUGUAGACAUAGAAGAAACCCCAGAGAAUAUUGCUCUAGUGGCAGUCAGUCAGUCAUAGACAGUAGACAGUGGAGACAGUGGGUAGUGAAGACAUUUUUCUUUCCUUUAUCAAACCAAAAGUAAGUUUGAUAUCUGCUUCUGGAGUUAUUCUUGUUAACCAUUUGCCAGUGGCUGCUUACUGUAAAGUAAAAACACCUUUGAUUCCAAGAUUUGUUAUUGCAAAUAUUACAAGUAUAUUUUUAAAUAUAUUUGUACAGUUACAUUUUGUGGAUUUGUUUCUCCAUUGCACAUAUUAGAGAUGCCUGUGAUGAGAUUGCUACUGUCAAAUAGUUCUCAAGAUUUAAGUUCUAAAGAAAUAUAAAUUCAAAAUAA